CGCGUCCUGCGGGCCGUGCUCUACGCCUACCACAGCAGGCUGCUCCGGCAUCGGCCCUACCUGGCCCUGCAGCAGGUAGAACAAUGCUUGAAGCGCCUAUGGAAAAUGAACUUGGUGGGCUGCAUCGAAACUCUAGCAGGACUGAUUCCCAAGAAAAAUACAUCCCAAGCCCACGCAGAGUGCUUAGUUCCCAGCCAGCCUAUGCUGGAAACAGCGGCUCUGAAGGUAUUGGGAGGUUGCAAGCUCAUACUACGUCUACUGGACUGUUGCUGUAAAGGCUUUCUCUUGUCUGUUAAACAUCUCUGCUCAGAAGAAUUCAUACUUUUGAACACUGUGGCUUUGGGGUUGUUGAGCCAGCUAUGGAUUCAGUACAGGUGUGUAUUGCAGAGCCUUGUGUCCUUCUAUGGCAUGUUGUCGACAUCACUUCAUCUGGUAUCUGAGACCCAAAAGAUGCCCUAUAUCAAAGAGUUUACCUUCCCUUCUGAUAUCAGUAACUUCCUUGGAGUUAACGUUUCUUCUGAGGUGAAGAAGCAAAAGGCUAGAAUGCUUACAACAAAAAAACCCGCCAGCUGGCUGAAGAAGCUCUUCCCAACAAUGCCAGAGGCAGUGUCAGAGGUUGGGAAAAAGAGAAAUUUUGCGACCUGCACGAGUGCUGUGAAAAACUGUAGCAUCCCAUGCCCCAUGGACAUCGGAGAGACGGUUCUGGUGACCAGAGCCAGCAGAGGGAAGCACCCGGGGUUUGAUGUGAAGAGCUUACUUAGACCAUCCAGACCUCCAACACAAGAGGGUAUAAGCAUUGCAUCAACACCUUUUAAAGCAAAGUCGGCAUUGCUUUCCUCUCGUAUAGCAAAAUCGCAGCAUACUGGAUCUCUUGUACAGAUGGUCCAAACAGCUACAUCGUUUGGGGAACUGUCAGAGGCACUCAGAAAAGCUAUUCUGUGGUGCAAAGACAACAAAUUCAAAUCGGAAGCUUAUUUUCUGCGUAACAAGCUGUUGAAAAGCAACCGGCUGCACCACGUGGAGGCUCAAGGAUGCAGCUUGAAGAAAAAACUGUGCUGUGUCAAAACAUCUGUCCGUAAAUACCUCCUAUAUGGGUCACAAAACACACGCUGGCCAAAGCAGUACCUCGGGGCAUGGUUCUGUCGAAGGAGGAUCAAAUCAUCUGUGCGCUUGAAGAGAACUCUGAAGACUGUUCGGCAAAAGCCUUCUGAGCUUUUUGGAGUCUGUGAGAACAGUGCAUCACUCAUCCUCCCAGCUUACCAGGAUGGGCCUCCGAGUCGGGAAGGAUGUUCCAGUGCUGAUGCAGGCUGUGUCAAACUAAGCACAGCAGGGACCACUAAGCGACUGUUGCUGGAAGGAAGCCCUGGCCCUGUGUGGAAAGAAGCUGCUGAGAACAUGGAUAUUGAUUCUAUUUUUGCAGCAAUGGGUGUCUGACCCUGGACUUGCAAGGAGGAAAGGGGUCAAGUCAUUCCAAUUUUUUUUUUUUUUUAAGUAAAACCCUCAGAACCCUGAUGGUGUCUUGGUAAUUCACACCCUGAAUCCUGCUAAGAAAAUAGCAACUAUUUUACUAUGUUUUUGUAAAACAGCUUUUUUUUUUUAAGGAAGGGUGUUCCAAACAGCUGAAUAAUCUUCAUCCUUUUACCUAGCCUUGUCCAGGAACAGUGACUUUGAGUUACCCUUACUCAGUGUCCCUUCUCUAUCGCUUGACCACAUGUUAAGUGCUGCUGUCAAAUCCACAGUGCAAAUAGUUACCAUCCAUGGUGGAAGGCUGCAGCUGAUCACUUACUGCUGCUGAGGACAAAGGACUUGCUGCCACUUUUCCAAGGAAACAGUUUUAUACCCUUCCUUCUGUGCUGCUUGUAUAGGGGACAGCCUUGACCUGCAGUAUUAUCGCUGUUCAGCAUUUGUUAUCCUUGUCCUGAAAUGAGGAGUUAACUAAACCUACUGCCUCUGAGCUGCUCCAGAAGCAGGGGAAAGCACAGCUGUGGCCUGCAACAGUAAACUCCUGACUGGUGAAUGUGUUUCCCACUGUCCUGAAAUCUUUUUAACGUAAGUGCAAUUUCUGCCUGCUUGGCAAUGUAAGGUGUAGCUACGCCAAUGUGUAUUAAUGAAAUAAUAUUAGAACAAGCAAUGGGGUUAGUGCUUUCUGCCAGGCUCUUGCUUGUAAUGCAGUCCCAAGAUCAGGAUCACCAGGAAAUACUACGAAAAAAAUGUCUCGGAAUGAAAACCAGGAAUCUGCUUUAUUGCAGAGCACCUGCCUAACAGGGGUAAGGAAAGGCUGUAAGUGCAAGUAAAUCUGGAAUAGGUUAUCUUCAAUUUCCUAGGCUUAAUACUGGUAAAAAACAAAAGAGCUCUACCUAUUGGGACAGAAGAAAAAAUAACCUUCCUAGCCAAUUAAGUGCUAAAAACCCUGGAUUUAUGUACCUUGUGUGAAUUGAUCAAUGU